GGCUUGGAACAGGUCAAAUGCGAUGAGCGCCCGAAUGGGUGUUUCAACUGCGAAAAACUUCAGCUAAGCUGCCUCCCAGCCUCUCAAGGCACCAGUAAUGAGAGCAAUCCGGUUUCCAGGGAAGAAAUAAACAAUGUUAGAGUCACCGCCAGAACGAAACGGAAGCGAACAUAUCGCUCUUGCAUCUCUUGUCGCGAAUCGAAGGUUAAAUGUUCUGGCGAUAGGCCAACUUGCUCUAAAUGCUGGCAGAAGGCCGCAAUUUGCGUCUAUGAUGCUGAACCUGAACCCGUUUGGGUUCAGAGCAUUGCUCCACUAACCUCCCAUGCCCCUAUUCACGAAACUAAUUCUUCACAAGCACGCCUACCAGCUUCACAUGGCGUCCCCUCUUCUCCGGCCGUUAUAAAUGAGAACUCUUCGAUAUCAUGGCUCAGGGCUCGAGAACUUCCCCCCAAGCCUAGACUUACUAAACUUGUAGAGGCAUUUUUCAGUAAUGUCCAUCCCAUUCGAAUAUUUGCCUUCAUCCAUAAGCCGUCGUUCAUGAAAAGUCUCGAUCUAGGCCAACUUAGCGGAAAUGAAGAGCAAGCGUUGCUCCAUAUAAUAUGCGCGUUAGGAGCUAGAUUUUACGCCCUCGAAUAUCACGAGUCCGUAAGCACACUUCCACGUGAGCUUAUCCAAUCUGCAGGGAAUCAAUGGGCGAAGGCUGCAGAAGAGUUAAUAUUUGCCGAGUACAGCGCUAUUUCCAUUACAAGACUGAUGGUGCUUGCACUUCUCCACGAUUAUGAGGCAAGGUUAGGGAAUUAUGCCCAAUCCUUUAUGCUCACUGGCCUGAUAACUCGGAUGUCUCACGCGCUCCAGAUCAACCUAGAGCAGUCAACGGAUCUUUUCUGUCGCGAGUCAUCAAAUCCUUCAGCCGACGUGACACUCAAAGAAUCAAGGAGGCGGCUCAUGUGGGCAUGCUACAUGGUCGACGUAUGGGCUGGCAGUGGGGUGGACCAACUUACGCUCUUGAACGAGGCUGAUAUCAAACUCCAACUGCCUUGCAAUGAGCGUAACUUCCUUUUGCAAAUCCCAUGUGUCACAGAGUGCCUCCAGGCUCAUCGAGUUCUUGAUUUCAUUUCCCCUCAAGAUAUACCUGUAAAGCCAGGGGAAAACAUGGGUAUAUCUGCCUACUAUAUUAGGAUAGUAAACAUCUGGCAAAAGGUCCUCCGCUUUGUGAAACAUUUGGAUGAGGUGCAACCGCCCUGGUUACCAAAUUCGGAGUUCAUUCUAUUAUAUCAAAGAAUAACAGCUUGGAGAGAGAACUUACCAUCGGUUUUGGAGUGGAACCCUGACAACAUAUAUGUCCGCCGCGAAUCUUCCCAGCUUGGCGCCCUCUUUUUACUGCAUAUCAUGUGCCACCAUGUUAUAUGCGACCUCUACAGGAUUUCCUUUCCUGAAUUGUUCAAAAUUCGAGAAGCGUUCCCAUUUCCUCCCGAGCAGCAACCUUUUGUGUCUCAUCUUCAGUUGGUUUGCUUCGAGAAUGCCCAACGGAUUGCAAUCCUGUUCUUUACUACUUUGCAGCAUGGUGCGAAGUAUCUAGCGGACCCGAUUCUACCUUCGUUUGCGUACAACAGCAGCCGUGUGAUGCUCUACUACUUGGCGCGAAUCCUUGAUCGUUCGAAACCGGAAGCUAGAAAUGUCAUCAAGGAAACAAUGGAUCUCAUUCGCAGCAAUAACAAAUCUUUACAGGCAAUGGCAAUGAUGUAUCCUCUUGCAGAGCCGUUGUACAUCACUGCAGAUCGCUGGCUUGAUAAAGUUCGCAGAAGUUUCACCCGCAUCGACAUGACCGCAUAUUUGGGGCCCCAAGAUCCGUCAGACUUAAACGAAGUAGAAUCCCCUCAGGAAGUCAGGUAUGCCUAG